CGCUCUCUUGUUCUCGCGCUCUAUCUCCCUGUUUCUCGCUCGCUCGCUCGCUCACUCUUUUCCCCUCCACCGCAUUUUCCCUCUCCCUCGUUGCCCCUCGGGUCUUCGCCUGACGACGCUGCUCUCUCGGGCAUUCCGCCGGAAGCCAACGUCGCGUGAGGACACGUAUUCGAGAUAUCGUAAAACGCGUACACGCCGCAGCCGCCGCCGUCGCCGUAGUCGUCGUCGCUUUCUAGUACACUCGAAUUGAGUUCGAGUCGCGGAAACAGAGUUUAUCGGGGAAGUAUCGACGCGCAGAAGACAAUUCAGCCGACAUGAGCACCAAGGAAAACAACGAGGUCGCGGUCGAGAAGGUGACGGAGAACGAUAAGGCAUCCGGGGACGCAAAGUGCGAAAUCAAAGGGAUCAAGAGGCCAGCCGAGGAGAAGAAUGAAGAGACGAAGAAACAGAAGAAAGAGGAGAAUGGUGACGGUGAAGUAGAAGAGGAGGAAUUGGAAGAGGAGAUUGAAGAAGAGGAGGAGGUAGACGGUGACGGUGAGGAAGACGAUGAGGACGAUGACAUACCGGAAGGCGAAGACGACUUGGAAGAAGGCGAUGAAGAGGAGGACGAUGAUGCGGAAGGUGACGUGGAAGGUGUAGAAGACGACGACGAGGAAGACGCAUAAUGAAGAAAGGGGGAAAAAUAUGUAAUUAAGAAGGGAGGCGUUAGGCACGUGACGACAUCAUCGUCGAUUUUUCGGCAGUCUCAGCAAACUUACUCUCAUAUUGAGUGGUUGGUAAUAAUGUUGAUAUCCAUCGUGCCCAAUCCACGUUACUGGAUCCUUCCGAUAUACGAGUAAAAAUUACCACCUCACCGGAAUUGUGGCGGGCUGACACGCAGUAGAUGCGGUCGCAAUUCUAUUUGUCUUGGCUCAUCGCAAUUCUGGUCGUCUAGCCGUCACCAAAUGCUGUUAGGUAGUUUGAAUGAUAACCAUAUAUUCGUCCUGAGAACUCGUUGAGUUUGAUCCUAUUUUCUAUCUAGGCUCUCACUUUGGCUGUUCGCACGCACGUGCGUUUGUUCGCCCGUCCGUGCGUUCACUGGUCGUUCGAUCGUGCGUCUCGUUCACACACACACACACACAUACACAUGCGCACACACACGCAUACACACACAUACACACACACACACUGUUCCCAAGACGAAUCUAUCGUUUUAUCCGAACCACCUACUAACCGGUAUUUGCCGUCAUCUGGCUUUCUUCGCGCGACAGUUUUAUAAUAAAAACUUAUUUAAGAAAUAAAAAACUAUUAUAUUUAAAUAGUGUAAAAUGGACAUUUAUGGUGAUUUUUUUUUUACAUUAAAAUCAAAUUUACGUUUGUAGUUCGACGAAUGUCUCUCACCUUGUGCGUGUGAUAUGAGUUUUUCUUCGGAAACGGUAAUUGCAGUGUCUUCACAGGAGCGCGAGGCUAUAUCGUAUACAAUUGUGCGUGUUGUGUACACUUUCGCGCGAUGUGAAUGAGACAAAUAAAUAAAGUAAAAUAGGCACGAAAGGGCAUCUCUCGACAUUCAAUAUAUACAAAAGAAAAAGGAAAAAAAGGAAAUGAAAGAGUGAACGAAAAAGGAUCUAACAAAAAUAGUCGUGACUUCGCUUCGUGCUCCUGUUUGAUGUAGAGACCGAAAUUGAGAUAAGGUUUAAUGCAACGCUCGCGUCAGGUAGUGUGGAUGAGUAAAUAUAUGACUUUAAUAUUGCAUAAUAAUUAUACAUAGUAUGUAUAAAGUUACGGAAUAAGAAACAUUUUAUUAUUAAUGAAUAUUAUUAUGUAAACUUAACGUAAUAGCGGAGGGAGGUUGUUACACUUUAGGCUUGGGCAUAGAUAAGGGAGAGCAUCGAACAGUCAACUCGCCAGUUGAAUUGCUGUAAGGGGCACCAUCACCCUUCUCGAUUCCUUUAAAGCAACAAUAUCAUUUUUUGUAGGAGAUAAGAGUUCAAUUACAUGUAGAUAAAUAUAUAUUUAUAACUCCAGAACUGCCGUGUGUUGCAUGACGCGAAAAUUACAAAAGAAAAUAUCGAGCUACGCGACUACUAUUGUGUGACAAUUAUGUGUUGAGUACUCUCCCCGUAUAGCGAUGAUGUUCUUACCUGAAUGUAAUUCGAGACGUUCCGAUUACUUUUACGUGUCGUGAUCUUUUUAUCUCGAUGUGGACUAACUCUUAGCAAUGGUUCGUUGACUCGUCGCAGAAUAAGUUGGCAGUAUUUGUUCAUUCGCUUGUGGUUUUCCACGUGAAUUUUUCUUUUUUUUUUUCCCCUCCAGUGGAAUCGGUAUCUCGAUAUACUCUGACGUACUCAUAUUUUUGCCACGCUCAUACCCACACGUACACACACUGACGUAAAUACUGCGGCGCGUGCGCGUCCACGCACGCACACGUGUCGCAACGGUACUCGAGGAUCUUUUUAUUAUUUAACAACUCGAUGACGAUGAUUACUCACUGGUUGCCGAGAUUACCGUGAGGUAGAGAGAGAGAGAGAGAGAGAGAGAGAGAGAGCGAGAGCGAGAGAGAAAUGACUCUUUUUGCUGGAGUCGGUGAAUCGUUGCGAUUGGCAGGUCCAUACCGCUACUUAUUUCGGGAGUUAGUAAAUGAAAAAAGGGUGAAGAGACAUUGCGGUUACGAUACCAUUGUACCAUAGCUGCAUAAUAAUUAAAUAAAGGUAAUGAUAAUUUGGAUGCGA